AUGGAGCUGGCUCUGGCGGCUCUCAUAUUAGCCUGGCUGCUCACAAAGACGAGCACGUCGCUGCUGGGCAAUGUGCCGUUGGCUUUGGUGGCGCUGCUGAGCCUGCGCUGGCUGUUUGCUCGGCUGGAGCGGCAGCAGCGCGCACGGCUGCUGGCAGCGCGGGCAGGGCGGGCGUGGCGGCGUGACCUGCCACCCGCCACACCGGCCCCGACGUUUGUGCCGCCGUCGGGCGCCAAGCCCGACGCCUGGCGCAAGUUUGUGCGGGCGCCCGUGGUGGAAGAAGCGUGGGUGCGCUUCUGCGGCAGCAUCGUGCAGGAGUUCAUCUACGACAUCUGGUACAGCACCAUCACGCCAGACAUGGAGUUCCCGGCGGAGGUGCGGCGCCUGCUCAACAGCGGUUUUGGCCAGCUGGCGCAGCGUGCACGCCAGCUGGACCUGCGCCUGGUGAUGAACGACCUGGCAGAGCUGUUCAUGGAGCAGCUGGAGCUGUACCGCGACACGCGGGAAAGCAUCCUGCUGGCCACCCAGCAGCCCACCGUGCUGCGGGACAUGAGCGCCGCGGCGCGGGACAGAGCCUUCCAGCGGGAGAUGCGGGCCGAGAAGAACCUGCACCCCGCGCUGCAGACGCCCGACGGACACUACAAGUACCUGAGGGCAGUGGCGGAGGGGGCGGUGGCAUACCUGCUGGACGUGCAGGACCUGCAGCGCACCGCGGCGCGCUCCGUCUGCCGCGAGCUGCUCGCCUCCUGCGUGUUCCGCCCCCUGCUGGGCUACUGCUCCCCUUACUACGCCAACAAAGCGCUCUACGCGCUGAUGCGGGAGGCGCGCCCGAUGCGUGCCAUCGGGCAGAAGGAGGCGGAGGAGGUCAGCGCGGCGCUGGCCAUGUCUCGCAGCGAGGCCAUGCGGGGGCACUGGGAGUUUGAGCAGCGGCUGCUUCACCAUGUGGAGGCCGAGGACUCGGCGCUGCUCAAGCUCCGGGAAGUGCGCCACCGCCUGCGCAGCAAGCUGUCUGCUCAGUACUCCCGCUCUAGAUCAAUGGACAUGCUGCCAGCCAAGGUAGAGGCUAAUGAACAGCAGCACCAGCAGUCAUUGCAGAGGCAGCGACAGCAGGAGCAGCAGGAGCAGCAGGAGGAGGAGCAUGGCGUGCAGCAGCAGCAGGCGGAGCAGCGGUCACCCUUUGAUGUUUUCAAUGUGGCCUCAGCCGUGGCGGCAGUGCUGAUGCCUCGCGCCAGCGCGGCAGCAGCACAGCAGCAGCAGGACGCUGGGGGCGAGGAUUGCCACGACACGCCCCGGCUGGCGUCGAGCUCAGGCGGCUGGCGUCUGCCGGCUGCUCUCAGCGGCCUGCUGCAGCAGCGGGGGCGGCAGUCGGCAGAGGCGGAGGAGGCGGCGCUGCUGGCGGGGGGCAGCGGCGACGGGGAUGGCUGGGAGUCGGUGGAGGCCAGCGAGGCCUCUCUCACGCUGCCCACCCGCCGCGACUUCAGCAGCGCUCACUUGUUGGCACCUCUGGUGGACCAAGCCGCGGUGGCAGGCGUCACGCCGCGCACCAUGAGCAGCAGCAGCAGCGCCAGCUGCGGCACGAUGCGGGCUGGGUUCUCUGGCGCUGCACGCGCCAAGGUGGUAGCUGCCGACCUGAACACCACCGGCUCCAAGGAUUAUGUGGAGUUCAAGAUCCGAGUGGCUGACAACUCGGAUGAGUGGACGGUGUCGCGUCGGUACCGCAACUUUGAGUCGCUGCACAGGCAGCUCAGGAUGUACCCCACGUACCGCCUCAAACUGCCGCCCAAGCGCAUCUUUGUGCACUCCAACAACGUGGAGUUUGUGGAGGAGCGGCGGGAGGGCCUGGACAAGUACCUUCAGGCGGUGCUGGCUCACGACUUCCUCUCCCAGUGCGCAGAUCUGUAUGAGUUCCUCCGCGCAGGCAGCCAGCUGUACGAGCUCGCCUCGCCACCGCCGCCACAGCGCAUGCAGACGCUCAGAAAGGCAGCCAGCGUGAUCGACAAGCAGCAGCAGCUCAAGAUGCUGGGCGGUUUGAGCCGCGCCGUGCUGGACAGCACGCACAGCGUGGGCCGUGGCAUUACGUCCGCAUCUGGUGCUGUCGCCGGCUCUGUGAAGCAGGGAGUGUCGGAGCUGGCCACAGCCUCCUCCAAGGGCGUGGUGCGGGUGACCCACGGUGUAGCUGGGGCGGCAGGGGCUGCAGCAGGCGCUGUCAAGGGUGCCCUGACAGGCUCGGCCGCCUCUGAGAUGCAGCCAGGCCUGGCUCGCCGAGUGAAGAGCGUGCCCAGCGCUCUGGAUCGUGUCAGCAGCAGCAGCAUCGAGGAGGCAGCUGCAGCAGCUGUGGCACAGCGGGGCAGCUCUGGCAGUGCACUCACGCAAGAGAAGGGCAGCGGGUUUCUUGACAGGGCAAACAAGGUCAGCUUCCGCAUGCGUCGCACGAUGAGCAGGGAUCCAGCGCAGCAGCAGACGGAACCCAGCGGUCACAGCGGCAGCGCCAGCAGCAUAGACAGCGAGCAGCUGGCGGAGCAGCAGGAUGGCCAUGCUCUUACCAUCGGGCAGGCGCCGAGCGCCUCGCUGCCGGCCUCACCCGGCAAGAAGUCCUCCAAGCUGUUCAGCGGGCUGCGCCGCAACAAGAGCCGCUCUGCAUCCCCCACCAAGCAGCCACGUGAGCGCUCGCCCGCUCGCAAGCCGCGGCGCAUCGGCGAGACCAGCAGCUCUGGAGGCAGCGGGCACGACAGCGGCGAGGGCCCAGCACUGGCCAGCAGCAGGGGUGGCGCAGAGGAGAGCGUGCCGGCGCACCUGGCCUCGUCGCUGCGCAUCUCCUCCCCGGGCCCCGCCUCGCCGCUGGCCUCCUUCCCUGUGGAGCCCUCGCUGGAACUGGACGACUGCGCAGGCAUCUCCGCGCCGCUGUACGAGAUGGUGGACUGCGUCUUCAUGCUGCAGAUGCGGGGCUUCUUCCGGCGCCAGGUGUUUGCGGUGGCGCGGCAGGCACUGUCGCUGGUGGCGGGCGAGGCCAUCGACGCCUACCUCACAUCCAAGCUGCGCCUGCUGCGCCAACAGCACACCAUCGGCCGCAUCAUCAGCCAGAUCCAGGCCAGCCUGUGGCCGGGAGGCGUGUGGUACCAGUACACGCCAGCGGCCCAGGCCCUGGCUGCAGCGGCGGCGCAGCGCCAGCAGGCGCAGCAGCAGCAGCAGCAGCAGCAGCAGCAUGGCCCGGCAGCGGGCAACCAGGCGGGCACGGCCCCAGCACCUGGUAGCGGCGGCAGAUACGUGCGGCCGGCGGGCAUGGACCCCGCCAAGUUCCUGGAGCCGGGGGGGCCGCCGCCGCUGGACGAGGACGAGAUCCGGGAGGCGGUGGAGGCGCUGCUGCUGCGCCGCGCCCCCACCGCGCUGGUGCGGCUGAUUGGCAAGAAUGCAUAUGCCAGCGGCACGCGGGACCUGUUUGACAUGCUGCAGUCCCAGACCUACUGCCACCACCUGGGGUACGGCAUGCUGGAGAUUGCCAUGGUGCACCUGUUCCCGGAGCUCAAGUCCCUGUUCAGGACGCUGCAGCAUGGCGGGCUGAGCUAG